UUUCAACUUUCUAUACAUUCGCGCGUUACUAAGGAAAGAAACAUUUAACUGAGUAUUUUGACAUUGAACAGAUUUUCCUGCUUAAUUUUUCAUUUGAAAUGUUAAGAAAGUGAAAAGGCAAAGUUUCACGAAUUUACAUGCCUUUUACUAUACGAUUUUCGGCGUACCGGCGUACGCAAAAAAAAAUUAUUUAAAUAAUUCACUGAUAUCGACAUAACCACGAAAAAAAAAUGCCUUUUAUGAUAGAAAGCAGACAAACCAAUGAAAUAAAUAAUAAAGACAGAGAACAUUUUCUUGCUUUCAAAAUGAAAGAUAAUUAUAGUUUUAAGUAUAUACCCGAAAGUCAUUUUAAACAGGUAGUAAAAAGUGUACAAAGACAAAGGCGCAAGGAGGACGAAGAGCGCAUCUGGACUUCAUUUGUUAAAGAACAGGAGUUAAAUAGUCUAAAGUUUAACAAAAAUGAUAUCCACUGGUCUAUGGAAGAUGUCAAAGAUCUUUUUCAAGAAAAUAUGCAAGACAUAGAUACAGAACUUAAGAGACUUCGGGAGGAUGCUCUUCCUGAAUGUAAUAAGGGGAUUUGCAGUUGUAAAUUUAAUAACAAAACUGAAAAAACCACAUAUGUAGAGGCAAACAGCGUCAGGGAUGAUUCAGAGAAGCAGAAGUUUCUAAUAAAAGAUAAGGACACAAACAACACUGAUAUUCAAAUUCCAAUUUUACAAGGAAAUGUUUCGAAUUGUAAAGAAACCGAAGGGACCAAAAGAGGUUUUAAAUCAAAAGCUAAAAUAUCUCUAUCAGAUCCUGUGAUAACACAGAAGAAGCAUUACACAAGUCAACUUCUUCACACAACCAAUCACUUUGAAAAUAAUUCUGAUUCAGACUUAAGUAAUAACAGAAGCGAUAUUGUUUGCGUACAACCAGAUCCACUUAUAAUAGAAAAAAUUUUAUCAAUGCAAAAGAAAGUGGCAGAGUUACUAAAUGAAAUUUCAUUUAGAUUAUGCAAGAUUCCUCUGCCAGAUGGUGAUAGAGAUCUAAAAAGAAGGCAACAGCAAACUACGGAGUUUGCCAUAAGAUUUUCAAGAAAUUAUCUAUAUAAUCUUAACAGGCUUCUUGUAAGCAUUCAAAGACACGUUAGAGCUUUGUCUAUCAACGCGAGGCUAAAUCAGUGUCAGAAAAAUAUUGCAUUUCAUCAAGACAAAAUUAAACAAGAACUGAUCGCCGCCUAUCAAUUAUUAAUACAAGCUUUAAACGCUUAUUGCAAGCAUAUUCCUAACUCUACACUCGAUGGCCAUCCGAAGAAACUACAAAAUGUAUUACAGAUUGUUUGUGACCUAAGAGAUAUCUGCAACAAAGUUGAGAUCUCCACCAACUAUUUAUGCGCAGGAGACGCCAAUACGUUGCUAGUGGAAAAGGAACUUCAGGAUAAAAUCGAUGGUAUUUUAUCUAAAUUGAAGUUGAGUUUAGGAGAUAAAUGUCAAUCUACAAAUCAUAGAAAUAUUGAGUCUACGGUAACUCUCGCUCCAACGUCUUUACGCAAUAAAAGAUGUUCUUAUAAGAAAAAUCUAUCCAGUCGUCUAAGCAUGUACAGCGUGGAUGUACCUAAAACUAAUCAGAGAAGAAAGAACAAUUUAAGAAGCAAAAACUAUUCUUGUCAGAAGGAAAAGAAGUAUAAUGUCGUAGAAACUAAAAAUACACACAAUCGACAUUGUUUGGUACCUGAGUUGCUAUACCCUAGUCCUGUAACACAGUCAUCGUCUUCAAGGGACGUUGUUUGGAUUGAUGAGAUGAAGAACGUGAACUAUCUGAAAGAAGACGAUAUUAGAACCAUGAUGGAUGAAGUAAUUGUAGAUUCUGACAAUAAUAGUAAUCUAGAUACUCGAACCAAAUGCAGUAAUACAAUAAGAAUGGUACAAGAGUCUAAAGUAUUACAGAAAAAGCCAUCUGUCGAGAUAUUAAAAUCAAAGCAUACAGAUGACAAAGAUAUAGAUAUUAAAGAACAUCAUUUUACAAAUGACGACGAUUUAAUAAAAAAAGUAACAAGAAUUACCAAAGGCCAUUUAUCUACUCUAGUUCCUGUAAUAAGCGGUCUAAUGACUCUAGUAUCGAAAAAGCAACACGAGCCAGAAGCGCAGCCUACAUCGGAAGCUUCUAUGGAAACGCUAAUAGAGUUUUUACAAAAAUAUCAGUCUCCUAAAGAUUCCGAUACAAAAGCAUCUUCGACGGAUGAUAGCUGUAAACAUUCGCAUAUCAAAUUAAAUGGCUUAUCUGAAAUUCAGAAAUACGGUGAAAAUGUACAACUGGUUUGUGUGUCGUCUAUGGAUAAGGAGUCUAAAUUGGUACAAUGCGAUGCUUCAUGCCAAGCAGAUAAUCAGACUGCGAGUAUUAGUGACAGGAAAAAUAUAAAUUUUGAUACUAAAAAUGAGAUUGUACUUAAUGUCUCAAAAGAAACUGAACUACAGUUUUUAGCAUAUAGACAUGAAUAUAAAAAGAUGUGCCAAUCAAAGCCAAUGUAUUCUAGCAGCACACAAAACAAACCGUGGGAUAUUGUGGCAUGGAUAUCCGACAAACUGGUAGAGGAGCUAAUGAUUGAAAUAGCAAACGAAUUACAAAUGCCCGACCUCAUACAAAAAAUGUUCGAGAUGGAAUUUCAAGAAGUUUAGGAGCAACG